ACUACUUUCUGUUUGUGCCAGCUACCGUACUGUUAUCUUGUCAUAAAGAUGUCGUUUGAGAAUCCCAGUAAGAAUGAGUCCACGGGGGAUGUACAGAAGUUUCCCUUGCGGCGGUUACAACCUUCCAUACAAAAAUUCCUGAAGGUGUUGGAGAUUGAUUUAGAUAGACUACAUAAACACAGACUCAACAUUGAGAAGUACAACAGACUGGAGGAUUGGACAAACUUAGAUAAGGAACAAGUGAACGCUUCCAGGACUGUCCAACAGAUCAUGGCAAAUAUUAGGGAAAUGGAGAAGAUGAGAAAGCAGAUUAGGGAUGAGGAAAUAGAAGCAUUUGAUGGGAAGACGUCACAAAUGAGACAAGCAGCCAUUGCCUCUAUUAUGGAAUUUUUAGAUCUUGGUCAGGGGAAGGCUACCCUUCAAAACAAUGAGGAUGAAACAGGGUUCACUGACUCCGGGGAAGCCCAGUUUCUACUCAGUUCACCAAGUUCCUCAGCCCCAGUAACGCCUCAGAAGGAAUAUACUCUAGUACCACAGAGUCUACCUAUUGAUUUAGGCAAAUCACAAGUCCAGCUCAACUCGCCCCCAAAGGACUCAGCUGCCCAGGAGUCUUGGGACAACCUGCACGAGAGUCUGGUAGACUUGAAUUCCAUGAUACAUGAGUUUGCAACAGUAGUACAGAGUCAGCAGGAGAAGCUAGACAAUAUACAGGACAAUAUAGAAACUACCCACGAAAAUGUGAGACAAGGAACACAACAGAUAGGAAAGGCCAGUAAGCUGAAGAGUGCUGUUUUGCCGAUAGCUGGAGCAGUGAUAGGUGGUGUUGUAGCUGGACCUGUAGGAUUAAUGGCAGGAUUCAAAAUCGGAGGAUUUGCAGGAGUUGCUGGGGGACUUGUAGGUUUUUCUGGAGCCAAAAUAUUUGAGAGAAGACAAAGGAAAAUUGCAGAUACUGAACUCCAGAAUCUGAGUGGUAAAAAGUCCAACUCCAUGCCAGACUUGUCUGAGACACAAGACAAAUCGAACGACAGUUGGUUUCCAUGGAAAUGAUUUACUUUCAAGAGGUUGUGAAAUGAACAAAUAAUAAAUGUAUCUUAUUUCUGAAAUUGCUUUCAAUCAAAAUUUAUAUCUAAACAUUUGAUGAGAAGAUGUUCUGACAUAUCCAUUAUGUUGUGUCCUGUAGCAUUGCAUCCAAUUUCAAUCUACUUUGUCACUCUAACCCCUA